AUGGAAUCCCCCAAAGUCGAAUCACCCGGCACCAGCAGUGAUGAAAGUCUUCUCAUCAGCCUCGGCCAUAAGCCAGAACUCAAACGAACACAUACAUUCUGGAGCUUAAUGGCUUAUCAAACCACAAUCCUCUGCUCUUGGAGUUGCAACAUUGUCAUGUACUAUUACAUCUUCAGUCUUGGGGGUCCGGUAUGCCUGAUUUGGGGAACGCGUGGGAUUGGCAGUGCGGUCGUCACCAUUGGACAAACCAUCGUGAUGGCGUCUCUUGCAGAGUAUGCGAGUCUUUGGCCGACCGCAGGAGGACAACAAUUCUUCGCCCAGGUUGUCGCACCUGAAAAGUAUCGUCGUUUCCUCUCCUAUGUCAUAGGCUGGUGUGUCCUCGUGGGAGAGAUUUCGACAAGCUCCAGUUGUGCGUUGAACAGCGCAGAGAUUGUAGCGGCGUUGGUAGAGAUCACACAUCCAGAGGUUUCCUGGAAGCCUUACAUGACCUGGCUCAUAUACACGGCAUUCCUUGUCGCCCCCGUGCUAUCUAACCUACUACCGAAGUACCUACCAGCGCUACAAAUUUUUGGAGCGUUCUUCAACAUAUCUAAUGGCUUCAUCUGGGCCAUUGUAUUCCUGGUCAUGGCCGACAAGAACAGUGCGCGGUUUGUCUUCUCGGAAUUUAUCAAUACCUCGGGAUGGGCUUCGAAGGUGGUAGAAGAGAUGAAGAACGCCUCGCGCGAUGCACCUAGAGUGAUGAUCUGGUCCAUGGUGUGGGCGGGUGUAACAGCCUGGCUCUCUGCCAUCGUCAUGUGCUAUACCGUUGGGCCAAACUGGGAAACGUAUAUGGAGGAAACCUCGGCUUACGUGGCGUGGUUCAUCGAUGUCUUGGACUCCACAUAUGGAGGUGGAAUCUGGUGUGCGGUGAUGAUGAUGGGCUUGAAUUAUCUGAUCAUCGUCAACAUCAACACUGCGGGUUCUCGACUGGCUUGGUCCAUGGCCAAGGAUCGGGCAUUUCCCUUUUCGCCCUACUUUGCCACCAUCAACAAGAGAUUCACCAUGCCACUGAGAGCCAUGAUGGGUGUCACGGUUCUCAAUUUAUUGGCGGGAUUACUUGUGCUUGGCAGCAAGCUCGCUUUUUAUGCCCUGAUCUCCGCUGGUGGUAUCACCUUACAGAUUUCAUAUUGCAUACCCAUCCUCUGCGUGGUAAUGAAAGGCCGCCAACAUCUACCACCUCGCCCUCACUUCGAUCUCGGCCGAUGGGGUUAUACCGUCAACAUCACGUCGUUGUUGUGGAGCGUUAUCGUCACGCUAUUCUACGUAUUUCCACAAUACGUGCCAGUGGUGGGGGCAAUUGAGAAUAUGAAUUGGGCGAUCGCGAUGCUGGGAGGUGUGUUCCUUUUUGCGGGAAUAUACUGGUACUUCAAGGGAAGACACGAGUAUCUGAUUGGAAGCAACUCGAUCUUGGACGACAAUCUCGUCAUGCACGGAGAGGCAGUCAUCACUGGCAGGGAAGCAGUGGCAGCAUUUGGACAGUCGAGGUCGGAUGCAGAGAAGUAG